UCUGCCGCUGAGGCCGAGGUGGAGGCCCCGGAGAGCUCCAGGGGCCCCGAUGGACGAGCCUGGAGAAGCCUGGAGAACCGCGGCGCGCCUGGAGGAGUCUGGGUGACUCUGGAGCAGCUCCACAUCAGCUCCACAUCAGCUCCACAUCAGCUCCACAUCAGCUCCACAUCAGCUCCACAUCAGCUCCACAUCAGCACUCCACAAACCCCCGGCCAGUGACGUGUCAGUGAUGUGAAUGGAUCCCUGAGAGACAGACAGUCUGGAAAUGGCCAGCGGCUGCAGAUGAGACUGAAACCCGGUCCCGGAGAGACGUUUAGAAGAGUCGAGGCUCUCUCUCUCUCGCGGAGUCUCCGGCGUGAAACCCGGACGCCCAGACGAGACGGCGGACUUUUCUUCCCACUGUGAGAUGCUGCAGGCCGGAACACGUCAGCAGCCUCCCCGCUGAUCUGCGCUGAUCCUCGGGUCAGGAUGGCCCUGAGGUCCCGGAGACCGUGGAGCAGCCUGCUCCUCGGCUUCUUCCUGGGCUUCCUGGCGUCGUCCUGGCUGUUUGUAUCCCAGAUCACAGAAACGUACAAGAAGAGUGCGUGUUUGUCCCGGCACGGUGAGCCCGCCCUGGGCCGGGCCUCCCCGGAGCAGAGCCGGCCCCCGUCCCGGACCAACGGCAGCAGGACGGCCGGACGGCAGGCCGGCAGACCGCGGCGCUUCCUCUACGUGGGCGUCAUGACGGCCCAGAAAUACCUGCGGUCGCGCGCCGCGGCGGCGCAGCGCACCUGGGCGGCCUCCAUCCCGGGGAGGGUGCAGUUCUUCUCCAGCGCCGGCUCCGGGGGCGUGGAUGUGGGUGUCCCCCUGCCGGUGGUGGCCCUGGACGGCGUGGACGACUCGUACCCGCCGCAGAAGAAGUCCUUCAUGAUGCUCAAGUACAUGCACGACCACCACCUGCAGCAGUACGAGUGGUUCAUGCGCGCUGACGACGACGUCUACAUCCGAGGAGAGAAGCUGGAGUUGUUUCUGCGUUCACUGAACAGCAGUAAGCCCCAUUACCUCGGUCAGACGGGUCUGGGCAUGCCUGAAGAACUGGGCAAACUGGCUUUGGAACCCGGAGAGAACUUCUGCAUGGGAGGCCCGGGGAUGAUCUUCAGCAGAGAGGUGCUGCGCAGGAUGGCCCCGCACAUCAAUACCUGUCUCCAGGAGAUGCACACCACCCAUGAGGACGUGGAGGUGGGCCGCUGCGUGCGACGCUUCGGAGGAACUCAGUGUGUCUGGUCCUACGAGAUGCAGCAGCUCUUCUAUGAGAACUAUGAACACAACAAGAAAGGUUUUAUUGAAGAUCUUCACAGCAGCAAGAUCCAUAACGCCAUCACCCUCCACCCCAACAAAAACCCUGCGUACCAGUACCGGCUCCACGGAUUCAUGCUCAGCCGGGAGAUCUCCAGGCUCCGUCACCGCUCCAUUCUUCUCCACCGGGACGCCCUGGUGAUGAGUUCCCUCAGUGAUUCAGAGGUUCUGUGGGAGGACAAGCAGCUGGGCUCCCCGCCCUCGUACAUGCGCUUUCAGCCCAAGGAGAGAGAUGACGUCAUCGAGUGGGAUUUCUUGACGAGCCGCCAUUUUUAUUCUGCUGUUGAAAACAAGAUGGCUCGACAAAACCUUGGAAACUCGCUUCGGACUGCGUUAGAAGACUUAAUACAGCAGGUCAUGGAAAUGAUUAACGAGAAUUCCAAAACACGCGGCCGUAUCAUUGACUUUAAGGAGAUACAGUAUGGGUAUUACAGGGUUGAUCCGAUGCACGGCGCAGAAUAUGUCUUAGACUUACUGCUUCUGUACAAGAAACAUAAGGGACGCAAAGUAACGGUGCCUGUGAGGCGUCACGCUUAUCUUCAGCAGUCCUUCAGCCAAGCCUUCUUCAGCGAGGCUGAGGAGAUAGACGUGGCCGAACUUGUGAACGCCAUCAACUCUGAGUCCCAGUCGCUGUUUUUCUUAUCGAACUCUCUCAACUUCCUGCCAUCUUUUCAGGUCUACCAACCAGCAAGGGAAACCUGGGAGCAAAGUCAAAGGAAGGUCCACAUUCUUGUCCCGUUGUCUGGCCGCUAUGACACCUUCUCCAACUUCAUGGAGAACUUUGAGAAAGUGUGUUUGAUACCUAAGCAGAAUGUGAAGCUCUCCAUCAUCCUGGUGGACAACGAACAGGCGGAUCAGAGCAGAGGAGAGCACAUUGAGUUGAUCAGAGAUUACAGCAAAAAAUAUCCUAAAGCUGAUCUGUCGGUAAUUCCCAUGACGGGUAACUUUUCUCGUGGUUUGGCUUUGGAGCUGGGCUCCUCACAGCUACAUAAUGACAGUCUGCUCUUUUUCUGUGAUGUUGAUCUGGUUUUCAACAGUGAUGCCCUGCAGCGCUGCAGAGACAACGCUGUCCAAGGGAAACAGGUCUAUUUCCCCGUUGUCUUCAGUCAGUAUGACCCAAAGAUUGUAUACGGGGAGAAGACUCCUAAAGAAAACCUAUUCACGCUCACGAAGAAGAGUGGCUUCUGGCGGGAUUAUGGAUUUGGAAUCACAUGUGUUUUCAAGAGCGACUUACUAAAAGCUGGAGGUUUUGACACCUCAAUCUUAGGCUGGGGGCUGGAAGACGUGGACUUGUUCACGAAGGUGAUUCAUUCGGGUUUAAGAGUGCUGCACAGCCAAGAACCAGGAGUUGUCCACAUUCAUCAUCCCGUUCAAUGCAACCCAGAACUGGACCAGAAGCAAUAUAAAAUGUGCCUUGGGUCAAAAGCAAGAACAUUUGCUUCGACGAUGCAGUUAGCUGAGCUUUGGCAGGAAAAACACAUGGAGGCAGGCUAUAACAGAACUUCACAGUGACCCGGCAGCCUUGGUAGUUCACUGCUGCUCAGUUUAAGCGUUUGUUGAGAACAGCUGAAUCUUCUGACCCAAAAACGAAUAUCAUAAAAUCCUAAGCCAACUGGAAAUGAGCAGAUGAGACCACACAAGAUGGAAAUCAGCCCAGCAGCAGUCGGACUGGUUUAUUGUGGAAGCGAUUGGAAGUCUAAGGUACCGGAUCCACGUCAGACUAGGGUUGGGCGAUAUGGACCAAAAGUCAUAUCUCGAUAUUUUCUAGCUAAAUGGCGAUACUCGAUAUAUAUCGAUAUUUUUUUUGUGACAUAAUUGGGGUUUCCCCCAAAGCAUUAUAGCAUAGCAUCUCUGUUAGCAUCUCUGUUAGCUUCAUUUUUUUCAGUGUUUUUUUCAAGUUUUUUCAGUUUUAAUAUAAAGCCUCGUGCCAAAUGUCUCACAGGUUCCUUUAUUAACAGAGGUCUGCACAAUAUCAAAAUGUAUAAAACAAAUGAAAUAAAAAUAAACUGCCUGCAUAUAUAGAAUAAAAAUGCUUCUUGGAUAAAAUAAAACAAAUAUCCCUUUCCUGCAUAACAAUUAAAUUAAAAUACACUGUGCAAUUAAUACAAUGUAGACAGUAACAGACAGACUUUUCCACUGAGGUUGACAGUUGUACAAAUGACAAAACAUUUGUGCAAAUCUCAAAUAAAACAUUCAAGUCAAUUUGUCACAAAAUAAGCUAUAUCAAAAUCAGAAAAAAAGGGCAGCUAUAUCGAUAUAAACUAUAUUGUCUCGUACCAUGUCGCGUUUGAAAAUAUAUCGAUAUAUAUUAAAAUCUGGAUAUAUCGCCCAGCCCUACGUCAGACCAGCCGAGACAAUCUGUUGGUUGGUGUAUGUCCAGUUCACUGCAGCAUUUCAGAUGUUUUAUUCCCAUGUACAUGCCUCACAAAUAUCAAGCGUCAUGACCGUUUGUUUGGGUUUCGGUUGACCUACACUGUCAUCCAGUGUACUUUCUACAAGUCUAUGACUGUAAUGUACUUAUUGUUGAAUGUUACACCUUAAAUUAUGCUUUCUGUGCUUUUGGGGUUGGAAGUUUUAAUAUGUCAUAGAACCGACAAAUGCUCAACUGAGUGAACCCUAUGCUGCGUUGCUCUGCAUGUCACGAGCAAGAUCGUGGAUUUUCCUUUGGACGACGGCUACACUGAGCUGCAUUUUGAACUGCGUUACACAAUCUGUACGUGUGAAUUUUGUUGCUUUGUGAGUGAGUGACUCAAUUUAUUUAAUCUAAAUCAGAAAAAAGUUGUGACAACAUUAAAAAAUACUAAUAAAAAUAAAUAAAAACAAAUAAAUAA